GUCAUCGCCACCAUCCCCACCAGCCAGCUCAAGUGCCUGAAGGAAGCAGGGCACGGGCCCGGGAAGGAUGAGAUGACUGACGAGGAGCUGGCCGAGGGGGAGGAAGAGAUUGACCACGCCGAGCGGGAGCUCCGCAGAGGCCAGAUCCUCUGGUUCCGGGGCCUCAAUCGGAUUCAGACGCAGAUGGAGGUAGUGAGUACCUUCAAGAGAAGCGGUUCAUUUCAGGGUGCUGUGCGCCGGCGGUCUUCGGUCCUCAGCCAGCUCCAUGACGUAACCAAUCUUUCUACCCCUACUCACGUAAUUCUCUCUGCCGCCAAUCCCACCGGUGCCGCUGGGAGUGAGUCUUGAGUCCCCUUUUCUCUCAUAAAUGGCAUCUCUCGGGGACAAAAAGCCUCCCCGCCUCUUCCUUCUCUUUUUUCCAGUCUUGCAUCCUCUGCUCACCGUGGCUUUUCCGUUCUUCCCUUACUGCCCUGUCCAGUCCUUCCCGCCCAGACGGUGUGUCUCUCCAGAGCCAUAUUCUCUUACGAAAUGUAUCGAAUCCAUGGCACUGCUGGACCUUC